AUGGCGAUCAUGAACAUAUGGAUGCGCGUCGCUCCCGUCGCACGUGGGGAAGUGUGUCGCCACACACGUGGAGACAAGAUAGAGAUAAGAACAGCCCGAGGCGUGUUGCCCCGAUUAGACGGCUGGGGGGAAGGGUGCACAGGACGGUACCUUGAUUUAGGAAGCGAUCCCGCCCUAGAUUUGGGGAUCAGCCGCCCAAACCCGGAGGCUUUACCCGCCUGCGGGACAAUUGUUGGGCCAUGGGGGGAUCACCGCCUAAAUCAAGGCCCACAUAGCAAGAGGCGGCCCAAAAGGGAAAAGGCCCAGUGGAGGCUGAAACGCGAGACUGGCCCGCCCAGUGGACGAUGGGCCGGGCGCAGGGGUGGACGCCUAAAGACGGCGGGCGUGCGGGCCUGCACGACUGACGGAGCGGCAUUUGGGACAAUCAUACCGUCACUGACACCACAUUAA